AGAGAACGUAUUCGCGCGUUUGAGGCAUGUUGUUGUUGAUUUCUGGAGUGUUUUCAAUUUCAUUUAUAUUUAUCUAAUUUUGAAAAUAAAAAUGAAACGUAAUUUUGAAUCCAUGCCGGUAGCGAUCUUUGAAAAAAGAUCAAGAAAAGAAUUGUCAGUCAUCGAUAACGAACCUGGAAAUGGACAACUUAUAUCUACCGUGAAUCGAACUUCUAAACUUGAAUCACCUAUCAUGUUAUUGACUGGACACGAAUCCGAAAUAAACACUUGUAAAUUCCACCCUAAUGGCGAAACAAUUUUAUCUGCUGGUUUUGAUCGAAACAUAUUUUUAUGGAAUACAUACGGUGAAUGUAAAAACUAUGCUUUACUGUCUGGCGGGCAUAAAGGAGCCGUUUUGGAUGCUCAUUUUUCGGGUGCCGGCGAUUAUAUUUAUUCAACUUCGACUGAUAAAAAUUUGAUUAUUUGGGAUUCAAAAACUGGAGCUCGAAUGAAAAAACUCACUGGACAUCAGAGUAUUGUCAACGCUUGUUGCCCUUGUCGUGACCAAUCCAAAGCAUUGCUAUGUAGUGUUUCGGAUGAUAAAACAAUUAGGAUAUGGGAUACCAGAAAACGACAAGUUUCAUCCGUCCUCAAGGAAGAAUAUCAAUUAACCGCUUGUACUUUCAACGAUUCAGCUGAUCAAAUUAUUGUUGGAGGCAUCGAAAAUUUAAUUAAAGUGUACGAUCUCCGUAAAAAUAAACUAUUGUAUUCAAUGUCUGGACAUUUUGACACCAUCACUGGUUUGUCUCUUAGUCCGAACGGAAAUUUCGUUCUUUCGAAUUCGAUGGAUAAUUCACUAUGCAUCUGGGAUAUUCGUCCAUUUGUACAAUCGGAUCGUUGCUCGAAAACAUUGACUGGACAUCAACAUAAUUUCGAAAAAAACCUUUUACGUUGUUCAUGGUCACCCAACGGAGAUCGUGUAACAGCCGGUUCGGCCGAUCGGAAUGUUUAUAUUUGGAAUGCUUAUGACAAACGAAUCAUAUAUAAAUUACCGGGCCAUAAUGGUUCAGUCAACGAAGUUGUUUUCCAUCCAAACGAACCUAUUAUUUUAUCAUGUUCAAGCGAUCGACAAUUGUUUCUUGGUGAAAUUGAUCCAUAAUCAUAUUUCCUCAUAAUGGAAUAUUUUAUCUUAUUUUCAUUCUUUUGUUUAAAUAUAAUUGAUGACACAACCAUAAUAAAAAAUGUAUUCAUGAUUAAAUUCUUUUGGUUUUAA